UAGCUAUUAAUCAUGCCUGGUGAAGCCGUCGCUGUUAUUCUUGCGGCAGUAGUGAUUUCAAGCUCAAACGUUACCGAGUGAAAACCCUUCGAGAAACAAUGGAGAAACACCAGGUUGUUCCUGAUAUUAUUGACCGGGCCCCGAAGGCGACUUUGGAGAUAUCCUAUCCAAGCGGUGUGAAAGUUGAUUCUGGAAACGAAUUAACUCCAACUCAAGUGAAGGAUAAACCAAAAGUAACAUGGGAUGCCGAAUCUGGGGCUCUUUAUACGCUUCUAAUGACCGAUCCUGAUGCUCCAUCGCGCCAGAAUCCAACUUAUCGAGAAGUUCGCCAUUGGCUCGUUGUUAAUAUUCCUGGCAAUAAACUGGAUGAAGGUCAAGUUCUAAUAGAUUUCGUAGGAUCUGGCCCACCAGCUGAUACUGGUCUGCACCGAUACGUUUUCCUCCUGUUUAAACAGAAAGGCAAAAUCGUGAGUAACCUUUCAGUUUCAAAUCGGUCACGUGAAGGACGUAUGAAAACAUCAACGAGGGAACUGAUAAAAGAGUUUAACUUAGGAGACCCAGUUGCUGGAAACUUGUAUCAAGCACAAUACGAUGAUUACGUACGAAUUUUACAUGAACAACUUGCUCAAGCCUCACAAAAGUGAAGUUAAAUAAUUACAUAAUACCCUUAAAGGGUACGGAUUGCGAUUGGAGCAGGUGACAUGUUGAUCAUUUUGCUUGGGUGUAAAACGUAUUGCUGGUAUUUCAAUAAAACGAAAUUAAAAUAAA